GCAGCUCCUGUAAUCUGAUCCAGGGCUAGACAUUGCUGGUAGACUCCAUCUGCAGCACUGAGCAGAGGGUGACAAUCUUGAAAGACAGUGACAGGGAAAAAGAGAGGAGGAAAUAACUCCACCUCCUCCUGGAUACAAAAACAUAACAGUGGUGCUGUAAGGGAGCACACACAGACUGAAAACAGCCUGAAUACCACCUCUACAACCAUGGUCUCAUGGAUUAUAUCAAGGCUGGUUGUGUUGCUGUUUGGCACCCUCUAUCCAGCAUAUUCCUCUUACAAGGCUGUAAAAUCCAAAGACAUUAAAGAAUAUGUAAAAUGGAUGAUGUAUUGGAUUGUAUUUGCACUAUUCACAACAGCAGAAACGUUUACAGACAUCUUCCUUUCCUGGUUUCCUUUUUAUUUUGAACUAAAAAUUGCCUUUGUAGUCUGGCUCCUGUCACCGUACACAAAGGGCUCCAGUGUUCUCUACAGAAAAUUUGUGCAUCCGACACUUUCAUCCAAAGAAAAGGAAAUUGAUGAAUAUCUCAGCCAGGCCAAAGAUCGAAGCUAUGAUGCCCUGGUACAGUUUGGGAGAAGAGGAAUUAAUGUAGCAGCUACUGCAGCAGUCACAGCUGCUGCCAAGGCUUCUCAGCUUCUACAGCUGCUUUUAUCACUGGAUCUGACUGAGGGACAGGGACAAGGUGCACUAUCUGAAAGAUUAAGAAGCUUCAGCAUGCAAGAUCUGACAACAAUCCGAGGAGAGACCCCAGAACCUCCCCAUGAAUCACCCAGUGUUACCACUCGACCAGUAGCUACACAAAAGAAGUCAAAAUCACCAGCUAGAGGCACAGCGGAAACAACUGACAAAUCAGCUUGUAUACACUGUUCUGCAUGCAGACUACUGAGAGUUCAAGAGCUACAACCUGGAGAAAAGGGUAACACAUGUGAGAAAGAGGGAGUCAUUGUCACAGAAUCCUCAGAGGAUGAGGAAAAUAUAGCAGAACAUUCUUCCAAGCGUACCAUAUGUAUAGAAGAACACCAGCUCAUUGAGGCACCGCCUAGAAAUCUCAGGCCUCGCUUUCAAAAGAAAAGUACCUCGCCUUUCGCCAGUGAAUCUUAUAUGAAUGUUUGGUCUAAACCAUUGGAAGUUGCAGAAGGCCGUGUCACUGCCUCAAGGAGCCAAGCAUCAGUAUCUUUCAGGAUAAAAAAGUAAUCAGCUGGAUGCACGUUAUGCGCAGUACAGCAAGCAUUACUUGUGUAACAUAGUCAGUAUUCAUAGACUUCAUAGACUUUCAAGUUGCGACACAUUUUAUUUCUUUUCUUUCCAAAAACCAAAACUGUCACAAAAAAGUGAAGUCAUAAAGCUUGUGAAAGUAGUCAGAUUGAGAAAUACAUUACUUUUUUCAUUUAAAAUAAACCGUUCAAUUCCAAAAAUCUUAGAGGAAUAGAAGCAAGACGUGGCUGUGUAAAUGGAAUUGGAAGCGUUCUAGCUAAAAUAACCAGCUGCUAUUUUACAGGACUCUGCCUGUUAGUUUUUAAACACAGUACACAUUUUCUGUUGGUUGUGCAUACCACUUAUUUAUGGAAUUUAGAGGAGAUGAACAGUAAGACUUGCUGGAACAAAGAUCUAGAAGCUUCAUUCCCGUGGAUUAGCAAGGAUGGCCAUCUUCAGAUGGUGGUAAACAAAACAAGAACAGUUACAGCGCUUCCUCACGCCCAACACUGAAACACCAUUGGUUAGAUAUAUAAUAGAGGAUUAUGAGCUGGUUGCCGGUUACAGCAACAUUAUUAAUGUACUUAAGAAAUAGAUUAAAAAUAUUUACCUUA